GGCUUAAAGGCUGAGUCAAAAGCCAAGAAGUCUCUUUAUUUACGCCUACCUCCCAGCCCCUGGCAAUCUGACUAAUAACAAACUGAGCUAACAAGAAAGACUAGAAAGAGCAGAGAGAACACAGAAGCAGCUUGGAUCUAAAAAUCUGACAAACCAAGUGAUCAAGUCAAGCUCUGCUGAGCAUCUUGUUUGUUUACUGCAUCCAAAUGCUUGCAAACAGUUAACUAUAUGCAGAAAUGUCAGCAUAGCUGUGAAGUAUGCUGUGAAUUUUAAUUGAGGAAAAAGGACAACUGCUUACAGGAUGGUCUAAUGUGCACGCUGCCUGGAAGAUUUUUUCGGUCGAACUCUGUACUUUGUCUUCUGAACAAGGAUUUUAACUUUAUGGAGCUGUAGUAUUACCAGAGCGUGCAACAAAGUGAAACUCAGAAGAAAGUGUGCAUUUUUCACAGGGAAAAAUUACAUCGCACUGAAACAGCUGCUCCAACUGUGCAUUACUGAGUGUUUCAGGGAGUGUUACUGCUGUACAGAAUCUGCUAGGCAAGAUGAAGCUCUGGAUUUUUAUUCUAUAUUCAGUUGUGGUUGCAUCUGAUCCUUUCCAGUCACAGCCUUCUUUUUCUUCAGUGAGAGGAUCUUGCCAGAGUUUGUGUUUCUGUGAAGAAAAGGAUGAGACCAUGAUUAUAAACUGCGAAGAAAAAGGCAUCAAGAUGGUAUCAGAAAUAAAUGUCCCACCAUCACGGCCUUUCCAUCUUAAUCUGUUAAACAAUGGCCUGACUAUGUUACUCGUGAAUGAUUUUGCUGGCCUUGUGAAUGCUAUCUCUCUACAUCUUGGUUUUAAUAAUAUUGCAGAUAUUGAGCCUGGGGCUUUCAAUGGUCUCAGCCUUCUUAAGCAACUUCAUAUCAAUCACAAUUCUUUAGAAACACUUAAAGAAGAUACAUUUAAUGGAUUGGAAAAUUUGGAGUUUCUUCAAGCAGACAACAAUUUCAUCACAGUGAUUGAAGCAAGUGCCUUUAGCAAGCUCAACAGGCUUAAAGUGCUUAUUUUGAAUGAUAAUGCCAUUGAGUAUCUUCCUCCAAACAUAUUUCGUUUUGUGCCAUUGACCCAUUUAGAUCUUCGCGGAAACCAGUUACAGACACUGCCCUAUGUUGGCUUUUUGGAACAUAUUGGUAGAAUACUAGAUCUUCAGCUGGAAGACAAUAAAUGGGCCUGUAACUGUGAUUUGCUGCAGCUGAAGAUAUGGCUAGAAAACAUGCCUCCUCAGUCAAUAAUAGGUGACGUUGUAUGCAAUAGUCCUCCAGUUAUCAAAGGCAGCAUCUUAAGCCGGUUGAAAAAAGAAUCACUUUGUCCCACUCAUCCUGUCAAUGAACUUGAAGAUCCUUCAGGGUCACUGCCCUUGGUUGUAACGACCUCUAUUAGUGUUAGUCACCUAUCAACUAAGGUGAUUCCUAUCCUGAAAGCUCCUACUAAAGAACCAAGUUUAAUGCUUCAUACUUCAAAGCCUACUACUCAGUUUCCAGGAAUCUAUUGUCCCGUCCCCUGCCACUGCACCAGCCAUAUGCUCUCAGGAGUUCUCAUGCACUGCCAGGAGCGAAAUAUUGAAAGCUUGUCUGAUUUAGGACCCCCUCCUCCAAAUCCUAAAAAGCUUAUUCUAGCUGGAAACAUUAUUCAGACAUUACUGAAAUCAGAUCUUGUGGACUACGCCAGCCUGGAAAUGCUUCACCUGGGGAACAAUCGCAUUGAAAACCUUGAGGAAGGAUCCUUUAUGAAUCUGACUAGACUGCAGAAAUUAUAUCUUAAUGGCAAUCACCUUACAAAGUUAAGUCAAAAUCUAUUCUUUGGCCUUCAGCACCUUGAAUACUUGUACCUUGAAUAUAAUGCUAUCAAAGAAGUUUUGCCAGGGACAUUUAAUGCAAUGCCAAAACUUAAGGUCCUCUACUUAAAUAACAACCUUCUGCAGACUUUGCCACCCCAUAUCUUUUCAGGUGUUCCACUAGCCAGAUUAAAUCUGAAAACAAACCAAUUUGCUCAUUUGCCUGUGAGCAAUGUCUUGGAUGAACUGGAUAUGCUGGUACAAAUUGAACUUGAAGACAACCCCUGGGACUGUACCUGUGAUUCAGUUGGGCUGCAAAAAUGGAUACAAAAACUGAGUAAGAAUACAAUGAUGGGUGAUAUUUUUUGUAAAUCUCCAGGACACCUAGCAAAAAAAGAAUUGAAAUCUCUGAACAGUGAAGUCUUGUGUCCAGGUUUAAUAAACAGCCCUGCCCUACCAACUCAUGCCAGUUUUGUAGUUGUGACAACUUCUUCUACUACUACCAACACCGCAGACACCAUCCUGCGAUCCCUUACAGAUGCCGUCCCACUUUCUGUUCUAAUAUUAGGACUUCUAAUUGUGUUUAUAACUAUUGUAUUUUGUGCAGCAGGAAUAGUUGUUCUUGUUCUGCAUCGGCGACGAAGAUGCAAAAAGAAACAAGCGGAUGAACAAAUGAGGGAUAGUAGCCCAGUUCACCUUCAGUACAGCAUGUAUGGGCAUAAGACCACACACCACCACACAACGGAGCGCCCAGCUGCAACUCUCUAUGAGCAACGUAUGGUUACUCCCUUGGUUCAGGUCUACCGCAGCCCAUCCUUCAGCCCCAAGCAUACUGAACAACAGGAGGAGGGAAGUGAGAAGGAAGCUAACGAUUCCAAACAUCUCCGCCGAAGUCUCCUGGAAAGAGAGAACAGUUCACCUCUUACAGGUUCAAAUGUCAAAUAUAAGGCUACAGAUCAAUCUGCUGAAUUUCUGUCUUUUCAGGAUGCUAGCUGCUUGUAUAGAAACAUUCUUGAAAAAGAGAGAGAACUGCAGCAACUAGGGAUCACGGAAUACCUAAGAAAAAAUAUUGUCCAGCUCCAGCCUGACAUGGAAGUUCAUUAUCCUGGAACACAUGAGGAGCUGAAGCUAAUGGAGACACUCAUGUACUCCAGGCCAAGAAAGGUUUUUCUAGAACAAACUAAAAAUGAGUAUUUUGAACUCAAAGCUAAUUUACAUGCUGAGCCUGACUACCUGGAAGUCCUGGAGCAGCAAACAUGAAGUGAUAAUACAUUGGGCUGGGGCCGCAUUUCUGUAAUUCUAUUUUAAGUUGGAACCAUUGUAAAUGAAAGUGCCUUAUAACAUGUCAACAGUCAGAACUUAAGCACAGCAGUAAUCCUAGCAAAAAAAACUCAGGGAUCACUGUGGGAAGCCAUGGGUUUGUGUGCAGGCAAUAUGUGUCACCCCAAGUUAAACAUGAACUUUGUGUGAUUGAACUGUGGGCGGAAGAUUGCCUAUUGCAAUAUUCCUCAACAUUUUAAAAAGGUGUGUAUGGCACUCUCCAUUCUGUACCCAACCGAUGGAAAAAAUAUUUGUUACCUUUACUCUUUCUUUUUUCCUUCAGUUUAAUUAGAUUCCUUUUUAAAAAAAACCACCUGUGUUUGUAGUUAUAAAGUUAGAGUGUAUUGGUUAGGUUAGUACAUGCACUGCAUACAUGACCGUUGUCUACAACUACACCUAACAUACCCUUAUAAUAAAUAUUAAAGGAAUUGAAAUGUUGUCAUACUAAAUGUCAGUAAAAAAAAAAAAAAAGAAAAUAUUUUUGUUUAUGCACCCAGAGCCUGCAAAUAUUUAAGAAUUUUACACGGAACUUCAUCAUGUGCAUUCUGUAUCAGUAUGUGGAAGGAAAAAUAUGUAACUAUGUUUUACCCAACAUCUUCAACGAAGAAAAAAACAAGCCUUUUGUUACUUUCCCUAUCUGAUAGCUUUACCUAAGUUUGGACAAUCUUUUCUUGAGCUGCUGCUAUAAAAUAUUGUGCAUCACUGGUGUUUCAACUCAUAAUCCUGGGCAAUUUGAAAAGCUACUGAGAAUCAGCUGUAAAUAUGUUACUGUGUUUAAUAAGUUUGAUUUUUUUUUAUCUUUCUCUCUCUCUAUAUAUAUAAAUAACUUCUGUGCUGGCUUUAAAUAUUCUUGGAGGAAACGAGUUUGCUGUGGCUAGGAACUUCCAAGUGCAAAUACAGGUCCUUUACCACCCUACCCAAAAGCAACUCCCAGACAGAAUAACCGCAACAACACACACACACACGAGGAAGAUUAAUAGUACUUAGCUGUUUGUACAAAAAUAUGUUAUAUUUUCUGAAAUUAGAAGAAAAUAAAGUGUUGUGGGAAAAAUAGGUAAAAAAAGUAGAACACUGCAGGUUUAUUUUUGCAAUGAAUUCUAGCUAGAUUUAUAUUUACUAUUUAUUCUGUAUAAUUUUGUAUUUUUUUUCAACUCACGAGAAAAGAAAAAGCUUAUUCCUGGCUGCCUUUCAAGCAAAUCAAGGAACUGUUCUCUAACAAUGAAAAAGAAAAAAAAGAGUUUUUUAAAUGUCUUUUUUCUUAAAGGUAACUUUUUAAAGAAGGCAACAAAUUCUGCAUGCACAAAUUUAGAACUGUUUUGGAAUUAAACACAAUGCUUCUCACUCUUGUCAUGUGGACAGAAGCAUCUUGUCCAGAAUGCAGUAAGGCCAUUCAAUUUCUGUGCAUGACUGACAUGGUGCCAAAACACAAAUUCUGACCUGCAUUUAUCUUCCUCAAAGAAAAUCUUUUGUAAACUGACUAUGCAUGAACUUUGUUUUUUUCCUUAUUUCUAUUUCCAGAGUGAAAGAUCAGCUUAAUUACUACAUGUCUACAUAUGUAUGCUAAACUUAGCAUUGAAGUCUUGAUAAACUCAAAGUAAAAGGAUAUAUUCUUCAGUUCAGUUUACUGUUGAUGUCUCACCUAUUUGUAUAUACAAAUGUGAGCUUUUCGUAUUCUUUGUACAUACGUUUCUGACAGAAAAUUUUCCUAUACUACAUACGAAAGUCAGAUUCUCAGUUCUUUCAAAUUUGCAUAGAGAUAAUGACUUUGAUGGUGCUAUACUAAUUUCUGUAAUUUGAGGAUCUGACCACAUGUCUCUGUUAAAAAAUCAACUUCCUUAUUAAUAUUUUUGAAGUGUCAUCAGUUUGCUAUGGAAGUCAAACUUGUUGACUUCCAAAAAUCAAAAUGUCAGUUAUUAGAGAAUAAGUAUUAUUUCCUCUUUCUAUGACUGAGAAUAAUUUAGUUCAGAAAACCUCUGUAUCUAGGAGGAUUAGGAAGAGGAAAUCUGGUGAUGACAUAUUUUUUUCAUUGCUAGUUUUAUUCCAGACAAGUAAAGAUAAUGCUAUGUAUUACUUAUGCAGGUAAGGGUGAGACAAAAGCGAAAAUGCAGCUACAUUAACUUUACAUUAACUUAACUUAGGUAUCUAGUAUUAUUUUAGCUGUUCUUGCAUAUUCAGGACAUGCGAAUGGGCUUCAUGGACAUGCUAUAGAACGUAUGGAAACCCAUGCCCUGAUCUGAAGGAGCAACUGGAGCCCAAGUGGGAUGGCUUAUAGCAUCAAAAUGACACUAGAUGUCUACAUGUAAACAAUUUAGUUUCACACACAAAAAAAUCUAAGUAACUUUAUUAUUUGAAAUAAUUAAGGUUCAAUGAAAAAUCAAAUUCAGUCAAUGGAAGUGACAGUAGAAAGCUUUGAAUAUUGAAUCAGACCUGCUAUUAUUGUUCUUUUUUGAAUUCUCAGACAUCUCAAAUCGAUGUAGAGAAAAGAAACAGAACAAAAAUGUACAUGGUACUUGGUAAUAGAGCUUAGUAUUUCAGUGUCUUUCAUUUCAGUAGUUAUUUCCAUUAGUAAAAAAUGGGUGUAAAAAUAAUACCCAGCAAUUGGCAAGAUGCAGGGAAAUGAUGAUUCAGGCCCUCAGGCUUAGAUUUAAGAGAAAUAGCUUCAGACUACAGACAAUUGCCACAUGCACAGAUGUCACUUUGCUUAGCUGCUAACAGUUGCUUGGCAGAAUGUUAAGGACAACUGUAUGGCAAAACAUUCUUCUUCGUUGCGGUCUCAAAGCAUCAGAAAGAAGAGUGAGCUAAAUUCAUGUCAAAGCAACUCAGUUAUACAGCUGUAUCAGAGCAUUACUCAGCAGAAUUAAAGAGAGCUUUAGCUUUUAGCUUUCCCUCAGCAGGGAGAUUCACAUCAUUCAUUAUAUAAGGGCAACUGUACUCUGUGGCAGUCUGUAACGCUGCAAGUGGUUUCGCAGUAUCCUGGAAUCACUAGAAUGUGGCAUGUCAUCCACUUUCCUAUCAUCUGUCCCUACUGGAUGCCAUGUAGUGAUAGUUUGUAUGACAAGGAGAGAGGGGGUCUGCCCAUAGCCUUACCUCUUAGUAACAUUCUCAGACAGUGAUUUUCCAGCUAUGAGGAAACUUUUUAUUGCCAUAACAAAAAGGGAUAAGAAUUUGGCCUUAUAUGUUUAUUCUUCAGCUGAAGAAUAUCAAUAUCUGCUGAUAAAAAUAAAAUAAUGACAUAAGGAAGUCAUCAUGUACAAAGAAAGAAGGAUGCAAUAUCUUUUUCUAAAAGUUCCUUGGAACUUUUUCAUUAUUACAAUUAGAAAUAUGCACUUAAUCUUAUUGGUGUUUGCAGAAAGUUGGGAGGGAUAGUGAGAAUUUAUUUUGUUAAAACCAUAUUCUCUUUUUUCUUUUUUUUUUUUUUUUCGCUCAGUGACAGGCACAGUUAGAGUGGUUUGAUACAUUUCACUUAGCUAGAAUAAUGGAGGUUGGAAGGCAAAGUAUAUUUGACAGUCUGCAACAAAGUGGAUCCGUUUUUCUCCUGUCAGCACGGUAGUUUAAUUGAGUGCGAGAACAGUGCUUCGUCAAGCACACUGGUGUACAUGGCAGCUAUGUUAUUGCUGUUAGGGUACCUCAAGGUAACCAACGCUACCAUUUUUCCCUUCACAUUUGAGUGAAGAAAAUAUAUUAAAUAACACUAUAGACCUCUUCCCUAAAUAAACAGAUACUAAAGCAA